AUGGAUAAGACAUGGAUUAUGAAACCACGAAAUACGAUUGAAUAUGAACAAGGAGUUAGGGUAUUCAUUGAUUUUGCUCUUUCUCAUAGUUCUGUUGAGGGUUUGAUAUUAUGCCCUUGCUCUCCUUGUGGUUUUAGAAAGUGGCACGAAAAGGACGUGGUUUUUGACCAUUUACUUUGCACAAAAUUCCCUGAAGGAUACAAUUUUUGGUAUUUCCACGGCGAGACAGAGAUUGCAGAAAGCAGUAAUGUUGAUCCAAAUGUACAACAUGCUGCCCAAGAUCGCACUGUUCAUGAAGAUCCAAUUCGAACCAUGUUAAAUGAUGCUUUUGGGGUGGAUGGGAACCAUGAGGCUUUAAAUGUUGGAGAAGAUGGAAAUCCAACCCAUAAUCCACAUGAAGAAGGGUUUGAAGCGAAAGAAUUUUAUGAAUUGGCAAAAGAUGGAGAGCAACCAUUGUACGAAGGGUGUAAGAAGUAUUCAAAGUUAUCCUUUAUUGUGAAGUUGUAUCAUAUCAAAUGUUUGUGUGGGAUGAGUGACAAGGCAAUGACUCUGAUAUUGGAACUACUACACGAUGCCUUUGAACAAGCAAAAAUUCCAACUUCGUUUUAUGAGGCAAAGAAGACAAUUACCAAGUUAGGUUUGGAUUAUCAGAAAAUACAUGCUUGUCGAAAUAAUUGUAUGCUAUAUUGGGGAGUGGAGGAUGAAAAUAAACAAAUUUGCAAGGUAUGUUACACAUCUAGAUGGAAACCACGCACUAAAGGAGGUGAAGUUAGUGAUGGAAAUAGUAAGCGUAAUGUGCCUGCGAAAGUAGUUCAUUACUUUCCACUAAAACCGCGCCUACAAAGGUUGUUUUUGUCGUCAAAGACUGCAGAAGACAUGAAAUGGCAUGCUAUGGAUGGUGAUCAUGAUGGAAAGAUGAGGCAUCCUAGAGAUUCUGAAGCUUGGAAGAAAUUUGAUUCACUGCACACAUCAUUUGCAUCAGACGCACGUAAUGUUCGGCUUGGUUUGGCUACUGAUGGCUUUAAUCCAUUUGGUAAUAUGAGUUCUAGUUACAGCAUUUGGCCUGUUGUUUUAAUUCCGUACAAUACACCUCCAUGGUUGUGUAUGAAGUCAACAUCAUUUAUUAUUUCAACUAUAAUCCCUGGUAAACGAGCACCAGGAAAUGAUAUUGAUGUGUACUUACAACCCUUGAUGAAAGAGCUGCAAGAAUUAUGGCUUGACGGUGUAGAUACUUAUGAUGCUUCGGCAAGAGAGAUGUUCAAAUUACAUGCAGCUUUAUUAUGGACCAUUAGUGAUUUUCCCGGAUUAGGUAAUCUGUCCGGGUGGAACACUUACACUGGGUUAGCUUGUCCAUCAUGUAACUUUGAUUUUGAAACUUGUCGUCUUCAUCAUAGUAAAAAAUGGUGUUUUAUGGGUCAUCGACGCUUUCUUCAUCAAAGACACAGAUUUAGAUUGAACAAGGUGCGAUUUAAUGGAAAGCAAGAUAUGCGUAAUCCUCCAACAUUGUUGUCUGGUUGUGAGAUUCUUGAACAAGUUCAAAAUUUGCAUGUUACAUUUGGUCGAACACCUGAAGUAAAUGGUAGAGGGAAAAUAGCACGUGUUAGUGAUCGUGGUGCACAUGGGAACACUAUGCAGUGGAAGAAGAAAAGCAUAUUUUUUGAGCUUCCAUACUGGAGGCAUAAUUUAUUGCGUCACAAUCUUGACCUGAUGCACAUUGAGAAGAAUGUAUGUGACAACAUCAUAUUCACAUUGCUUAAUGAUGCAAAUAAAUCAAAAGAUCACAUGAAUGCUAGAAAAGACUUGCAAAGAAUGGGUUGUAAGCAUGACCUUUGGCCAUUUGAAAAUGGAAAGUAUCCUUUAGCAGUGUACACAAUGACUAAUCAAGGCAAGAAGGCUUUCCUAAAGACCUUAAGGAAUAUCACUGUACCGGAUGGUUAUGCUAGCAACAUUUCUAGGUGCAUAGAUGUUGAUUCUAUGAGGCUGAGUGGGAUGUUGAAAAGUCACGAUUGUCAUAUAUUGAUGGAGCAACUACUACCGUUGGCCACACGAAUCUCAUUGCCUGAUAAUGUAUCAAGUAUUUUAAUUGAGUUGUGCUCAUUCUUCAAGCAGCUAUGCGAUAAGGUAUUGACUGUUUCAAAUUUGGAUAAUUUACAGCGUCAAGUUGUGCUAACUCUAUGCCACAUGGAAAUGUUAUUUCCCCCGUCUUUUUUCACUGUCAUGGUUCAUUUGGUUGUUCAUCUUGUUGAGGAAGCUAAGCUUGGAGGUCCGGUUCACUACCGUUGGAUGUAUCCUAUUGAGAGGUACUUGGGACAAUUGAAAUCAUAUGUUCGUAAUAGAGCACAACCAGAAGGGUCUAUAGCCCAAGGUUACCUAAUACAAGAAAUCUUAACAUUUUGUUCAAGGUACCUCGAUAAUAUUGAGACUAUGUGGAAUCGACCCAGACGUGUUGAUGAUGUUCCUGAUGAUAUCUUCCCAAAAUCACGCGUAGAUGAAUUGUUUCCCAAUGUAGGAAAGCCAAUUGGUGCAUCGACUUAUUUUAAUCUUACAUCCAUGGAAUGGUUACAGGCUCAUAGACACGUGCUAACAAACUGCCCACUUGUUGAAAGCUAUGUCCAGGAAUUCAGGACCGACUUGAAGAGACAACUAAGGAGGAGUAAUCGAAGUCAGGCUGAGAUAGAUAGGAGGGUUCAUAGAGAGUUUGUCGAAUGGUUCUCUAAACGCGUUGUCAUUGAUAUGGAUAAUAUUGGGGAAUCAGAGAAAGCCAUUAUGUUUUCCUUUGCGAAAGGUCCAUUUUAUCAAGCUAGAAGGUUCAAUGCAUAUAAUGUUAAUGGCACCAAGUAUCGUACCUUGGAACGCGAGAAGAACCUAAAAACCCAAAAUAGUGGAGUUUAUGGAACGUUUGACACUAGAAGUUAUUCAAGUAGUAAAGAUGGCCAAAUGAUAUGUGGAGGGGUUCCUUACUAUGGCAAAUUGAUUGACAUCAUUGAGAUUAAUUACAAUGGAUUAUUCACAGUGGCUUUGUUUAAAUGUCAAUGGGCUGAUACCACUACUCAAAGAGGGUUAAAAAAGGAUAAAUUGGGUUUUACUCAAGUGAACUUUUCUAAAUUGAUACAUACUGGUGAGAAAGAAGAUGAUGAGCCAUAUAUUAAAGCUUCUGAAGCUCAAAUGGUUUUUUAUGUUGAUGAUGAGAAAGAAACUGGUUGGAGUAUACCUGUUAAUGUGAAGCCUAGAGACUUAUAUGAUAUGGGUGAACAUAUUAUGACAUGCACCGACCAAUUUCCACCACAAAACUUGGACCAAAUUUUAGUUGAUGACACAAUACCUCUACAGUUAUCUAGACCUGCCAUAGAUGAUGAUGUUCCAAAUUUGAUUCCUAAUCAAAAUGAGGAAGAAGAAAUGGAUAUAUGA